GAAAAAAAGACUUCCUCAAAUUAUGGAUUUCAAAGUUGCAGAGAGGUCUCUUUGAUGGAUUUGUCUAUUUGGGAAAUUUAAACGUCACUGCGUAAGCAGCAGACAUGCGGAAAAUGCUACCUGGAUUCGGAGUCGUGGGAACCCCGAACUCGGUCAGGGCAUAUGUCCCACUUUUGAAAUCAUACGGCUUCAGAGUUGUGGCGUUAUGGGGGAGAACGAAAGAAGAUGCUGCAAAAGUUGCAGCAGAACUCAACAUUCCCUUUCAUUCUAGUAAUGUUGAUGAGGUUUUAUUGAACAAGGAUGUGGACAUCAUUGCAGUAACAUGUGCUCCUCACAUGCAAGCCCCAAUAGCUGUCAAGGCUCUUGGAAUUGGAAAACAUGUUAUUUGUGGUGCCCCUGCAGGACCAAACCAAGUAGACUCCUUACGCAUGGUAAACGCUGCAAAAUAUUACCCUCGUUUGAUGUCCCUUACUAUUUAUGGAUUGCGGUUUCUUCCAGCUAUCGACAAAAUGAAGCAGCUGAUUUUGGAUGGCUAUGUAGGAGACAUAAAUGUCUGUGAAGUCAAAGUUCACUUUGAAAAAGCUAAGAGGGAUCAGUUUGACUGGAUGUGUGAUGGCACUAUGGGAGGUGGUCUUUUGAAUGAGAUUGGCAGUGACAUCAUUGAUGUGAUUGGUUAUCUCACAGGUCAAAGGGCAACAAAAGCACAUGGCAUGCUUAAAACUUUCACUAAGCAAACUGAGAAAAUUAAGGGCAUUCGGGAGAUAACAAGUGAUGAUUUUUGUACUUUUCAGAUAGAACUUGAUCAGGGGUCCUGUGUGACUGCCACAAUCAAUGGACAUAUUCCAGGACCUUUUCAACAAGAAAUUAUGAUAUUAGGAAACAAAGGUAGACUUAUAGCUAAAGGAGCAGAUCUGUAUGGUCAGAAAAAUGACCAGUCAAAAGAAUCAUUGCUGCACUUUGACCCCAUCAACUUCAAAGAAGAGGAGAGACAUGGAGUAUCUGAAAAAACUCGCACUCUCAUCCCCACUCCAUAUCUAAAGGGCAUCAUACAGUUUAUUGAAGCUGUUAAAGAAGCAUUUGACAAAGAAGAAGAGAGACAGAGCUACUGCAUAGACCCUUUAUUAAGGUACUCCGAUCCUCAGAUCACAAUGAGGAACAAACUUUACUUGGCCUGUGCCUUAGUGCUCGUGUUUUGUGCUACUUUGGCCCUGUGUUGUGAUGAAGGUGUCUGUGUUAGUAUCGUUAGCAAGUGUUUAUUAAUUAAAUCAUGUGACUGCGAUAUGACCAGUUUGAAGAACUGUACGUGUUGUAAAGACUGUCAGUUGUGCUUGUCCAAGUUGUACACAGAAUGUUGUUCCUGUGUUGGUUUGUGUCCAAAGCCAGAUCCUGAUGAUGAUUUACAAGAUGGCAGCACAAUAGAGGAUUUACAUGAUCCUAUACCAGAACUUUUUAAUGUGUUAACAGAACAACCUGACAUUGAGAAGAGAUGGACUACAUUUUCUCAUCCUGUGCACUUUGAUGCCCUGUUGUAUAAACCGAAUCAUGGAAUUCUUGAUCUCUCCAAAGACAUACGACAAGAAGCUACAAAGGAUAACUAUGGAUCCGAGCUGAACUGUACAGUGGCCUUCAUGUCCCAGUGUUACUCUCUAAGGAAGUGUAAGGAGUCCUGUAAGUCAAUGGGAGCCGCUCGAUAUCGCUGGUUCCACGACCAAGGCUGCUGUCAGUGUAUAGGGAACAACUGUAUCAGCUAUGGGUUAAAUAGUCCAAAAUGUCUUCAAUGUCCUCCACAAGAUGAAGAGACAGAAAAUCAGUUACAAGAAGAAGUGAACAAACUGGUGGAGAAUUCUGUGGUAGAGGAGGAGGAGGAGGAGAUCGAUGAGGAAUUCGAUGACGAGGACGAUGAUUUGGAAGAGGACAUUGGAAUUAAUGAACUGAAAACUGUGGGCUAACACCUGGUGUUUGUGAUAGGUUAAAUAUAUAAACAACAUGUAGAUAAGAAUUCAUAUAGUUUUAGCAAUACAUCAAUCAUUAAUGAUCUGUUAAAGUGGAUCUGCAUAUUUGUUACUUAUGAAGUAAGUAUAUAUGUCUUUUGAAAUGUUUUCUUGUGUUGUUGAGAAUAUUAUGUUUAAAUUUCUGAAUUGAAGACAGUGAUUUUUCAGAAUUUGUCCGAAUGAAUUCUGUGUACAGUUAAUUUCUGUUAAUUUAUCUUGUUUGUAAAUGUCCUCUGUCAGUAUUUAGUGAGGAGUUCAGUAUUGUCCCAGUGUUUUGUGGUUCUUUUCAGGGUUUCUUAUUAGACACCCUUAUAGUAAAAACAUGUACUGUAUUCCAGUAUUUGUAGCUUUGAUCUAAGGUACAAAGUUCCUGUACACAAAAUUUCAUUUUUUUUAUAUAUUUAAUUAUGUAGCUGGUUUAUUUAUUACAUUUUAUUGAAUUACCUAUAUAUGUUUUUUUUAGUUACUUGUACUUUUACCAGAACACUUCAAACCACCUUACAUCAUUAUUUUUAGCUAACCUGAGUCAUUGACCAAAGGCUCAGUUAGUUUUUCUGAUCAAAGAGUUGAAGAGAGUUCUAAAUCUAUGUAGCCAUCUGGUAUGUCCUGUUUCAUCCUCCAGAACAAACUGAGAAAUCAAUUCCAACCAAACUUGCUGCAAGGCAUCUUUGGGUGAAGAGGUCUUUAUUUUUAUUUUUUCAAAUAAAAUGCCACAAUUAAUUUCAUGGUAAGAUAUAUAAAAUACAUGGUUACUGUCUUGAAAUAUAAGCGAUAUUUGGGCAAGGGUAAGAAAACUUGAAAGAGGGUGAGGCUUGCCGAGCCCUCUUACGUUUUCAACCCGAGCCCAAAUAUCGCUUAUAUUUCAAGACAGUUAUCAUGUAUUUUGUUUAUCCUGCAACAUAUUCUUUACAUUUGAACGUCAAAAAUGAGCUAUUUUCGACAGAUUUAGGAACAUCUUUGCAGUUGAAACUAUGACGCCAUGGCGUAAACAUUGCAAUAUACGUGACGUCAUAAUGCUUUUAGAACGUCGGAAUACAUGCACGAGGCUUUAUUAGGGCAGUGACCGGAUAAAGCUUUGGUUUAUUAGGUUACCUUUAUUAGGUCAAUGCAAGGGGUAGUUGCAGGAUAAAAUUAAAGGAAUAGUGUGGGGCCGUUAAAUAUCUUCAUGUAAAAAAUAAGGGGCCUGAAAAAUAAGAAAACAUUUGUUUAAAUUACCUUUCUGGGACUAAAAGGAGCCAUAUUCAACAAGAUUUCAUGUGGGAAUAUUUACAUGACAAAACAGUUAUGUCUUUAAUAAGAACGAAGUCCAAAUUCAUUAAUUAGUUUAAAAUGCCAGGAUCCUAAUGAAGUUUGAAUUCAGGUUUGUUCAAAUCCUGAUUUCAGGGGUAAGGAUGGGAUACAAAUAUGAGGGUAUUGAGCUUUUCUCAGAAAUCUGUGAACUUCUGCCAGGACAACAAGGUAACAUUUGUAAGUCUGAGUCAACUCAGGUGAGCAUUGUGGAUUAUGGCCCCUUUUCAUUUAGAUAACACUUAAAUCGUGUAAUAAUGGCUUAUAAAAAUAUCUUCUCUUCAAAGUGGAGAGAAUUUUCAUAGAUCUGGUUUUAAAUGAGCGAGAAGAACCAGAUGUCGCAAUAUUCUCCUUAUAGCGUGCAAGAGUGCAAUGUGUUUUCACAGAAAUUUGGGGGAAAGAAAUUUUUUUUAAAUACAAGACAAUGUUUGGUAUGAAUUUACACUUUUAUAUAAGGAUUUGUUAUUGAUCACUUAUUUUGCCACUAAUUUAAUGAUAAAAUACAAGUUUACACACCAAAGCCAAAUGUAUUAAUUUAUCAAACAUUUUUUUCAAAGAAUCUUUUUAGUAUGUCUUAAAAUGUUACAUUCGUUUUGUACAUUUAAUACGUCCUAGUUGAUAUUGCAUUGACACUUUUCAUUUAUGGUAUUUAUUAAUGGCCACCAAAAGCUGUUUUUAUGGUACUGUUAUAUUGAUUUUGACUUGAGAGCAUUUUGUAAAUACUUGACAUCUUGGUCACUGUUGAUAUUUUCUGUGCAUGUUCUUCAUUGAUCAUAUAUGACUUUCCAGAUGUCAAGCUCUCUCCCAUUGUACUUUAAUAUUAGUGCUUCUUUUGGACCAAAGACCAAAUAAAAUUGCAAUAACACU